GCGGGCGGCGGCGGCAGCGGCGGCGGGAGGCCAUGGCGUGGGGCUGCGCGCUGUGCCUGGCGCUGGCGGGCGGUGCCCUCCUGGCCCUGCUGGUGCAGCUGCUCCGCUGGCUGCGGGCCGACGGCGACCUCACGCUGCUGUGGGCCGAGUGGCGGGGGAAGAAGCCAGAAAAUGAACUGCGUGGCAAGGUUGUCUGGGUGACAGGAGCUUCCAGUGGAAUUGGAGAAGAAUUGGCUUACCAGCUAUCAAGGAUAGGAGCCUUGCUUGCCAUCUCAGCAAGAAGAGAGGAUGAGCUGGAAAGAGUGAAGAAGAAAUGCCUUCAGAUUAGCAACUUGAGUGACAAAGAUAUCCUUGUUCUGCGCCUUGACUUGACUGACAGAAGCUCUCAUGAAGCUGCAACCAACAGUGUUCUUAAGCAUUUUGGCAAGAUUGAUGUUUUGGUCAACAAUGGUGGACGUUCCCAACGCUCUCUGUUUGUGGAUACAAACCUGGAUGUCUACAGUGCCAUAAUGGAACUCAACUAUCUAGGUACAAUCUCUUUAACAAAACAUGUCCUGAAUCACAUGAUACAAAGGAAGAAAGGAAAGAUUGUUACUGUGAGCAGUGUGAUGGGUAUCAUGGGAGCUCCUCUUGCCUCUGGGUACUGUGCCAGCAAGCAUGCUCUGCAGGGUUUUUUUAAUUCUCUUCGGACUGAGCUGACUGACUACCCUGAGAUAAGUAUUAUCAACAUAUGCCCAGGACCUGUACAGUCCAAGAUUAUACAAAAUGUCUUUACGGAGAAUCUUGCAAAGUCGAUAGAGAACAGCGGUGAUCAGUCCCACAAGAUGCCAACUGACCGCUGUGUCCGGCUCACUCUGGUGAGCACAGCCAACGACCUGAAGGAGGCUUGGAUCAGUGACCACCCCUAUCUGGCCGUUUGCUACCUCUGGCAGUAUGCACCCACUUGGGCUUGGUGGCUGAUGAACAGAAUGGGCAAGAGGAGGAUACAGAACUUCAAGAGCGGAGUGGAUGCUGAUGCCUCUUACUCAAGAAAGAAGAAAUAAGGACAAAUGUGUACAAAAUCCUGCUUGUGCUAAGGCUGAGAAACUUUUUUCAUACUGCGUGGCUGCAAACAAAAGCUGUUUUUUAUCUGUUGUACCUUUGUCAUCAUGUAACUUCACAAAUCUAUCGAGAGGUAUACACACUUGACUAAAUAAAAAAAUCUCUUUCUAAA